GGAAGAAUCCCCUUGACUGCUUGGUUCACAGGCAGAUGUCUCUUCCUCCCGUAAAAGACUGAUUUGGUUGUGACCAAUGCAUGCUGGGGGAACUAGAUUUGUUCAGAGAAGCCCAAUGUUGGGGACAGAGCCUGGGGCUAAGGGACCCAUGUCUGCAGAGAGAACACGUGAAUGGAAUUCAUUUACAUUCUGAGAUUUAAGUGAGAUAGGACAGGCCUCUUCGUUGGACUUGAUUAAGUCUAUGCACAGGUCACACAAAGACAAUUUUAAGGUGUUCCCUAAAUUGUACUCAACUUUUAGGACUCUAGCUUAGAGUCCUAAAUUAUGGGACUUCAGGAAGCUUGCUCAGCUCCUCAGAACCCGGCGGGAUUUUCCUCCCGUAAACCAGGGUCCCCCACCCCAGCAGCGCUGUUCAUUGAGUGCCUUGUCCUGGCUGGAAUGCUGGACCGGUCUCCCCCAUCAGCCCAGCAGACUGUAAGAUGGGCCAGGGUGGGGCUUGUGUUGAUUCCUUCCAGUCUUCUCAGAAUUUAGCUUAUCGUCUGUCUCCUAGUGGAUGUUUCAGAAAUCGUAGUUUAAUUAAAUUAAAUGAAACCGUCCUCCUUUCAUACCCGAGGAGACCAAGCCAUCCAGUGUGUCUGCAGAAGGAGCACUCACAUCCCCAUAGACGGCCUGAACAAAUGACUCACUGGGGACUCAGGAAGGCAGGCAGGAGGGAGCGGGGCCGGCCCCUCCAUCCCCACUAUGCGACAGGCACCCUGCGGCCUGUGGGCCCUGCGAAGAAGUCAGGGGAAGCAGUUUGACUCACGAAGUCUUCAUGGAGAAGUGACGUGGUCAGUGGAUCUGCAGGAGGGCCAUCGGGGAAGGGAAUCCAGGGAAGGAAUCAGUGCGAGGAAAGGCUGAGCGGAGAGAGAAAUCAGGGUAUGAUCUGGAGCGGAAAAAGCAGAAAACUGAGGCCGGGAGACGGCGGCUGGCGGCUGCGGCGUAGCGUGGAGCGGGCUCAGAGGUCCCGCACACCCGACGGCCCCGCCGCCCCCAGGAGAGGAGAGCGGGAGAGGGGCGCGCCCUCGUCCAAUCGGCUCGCAGGGGCGCGGUGUCUUGGGCCUGGGUGGGUGCUGGCGCCCGCCCCUCACCCAGGGCCACUGUCCCCACCCUGCCGGCGGUGUCCGCCCAGCCCCGGUGCGAAGUAGGGGACCCGAGGGGGAUGAGUAACCCUUGGCUGCGGGCCGGCGAGGCCGGGCGUGUGCGCGCCAAGUUCUGAGUGGUGCGCACUCGGCCCGGAGGCCUGGGGUCGUGUCCGCGGGCGGGCGGGGCGGCCGCACCCAGGGCGAUAAAAAGGCCGCGCGGCGCCCGCCGCCUUUUCCGCUCUCGGCUGCAGCGCUCCUCGCGGGUGGGCACCGGAGCGGACCGAGCAGAGUAGGAGGCCUGGGCUCCCGGAGACCGCCGUCCGGGGCGGCGGGGAUGGCGACAGCGGCGUGCGUGCCCGCGGCCAGGCCCAGUCUGACCUCCAUCUCGUCGGGGGAGCUGCGCAGUCUGUGGACGUGCGACUGCGAGCUGGCCGUGCUGCCGGUGGCCCAGCUGCUGCGCCUGCUGCCCGGCGCCCUCCAGCUGCGCGGCGACCUGCUCGCGGUGCCCGGACUCCGGGAGCCUGCGGCCGCGCGCGGGGGCUUCAACGUCUUCAGCGAUGGCCUCGUGCGCCUCGACGGGCAGCUCUGCCACCUCGGCAGCUACAUCAAGAGAUAUGUGGAACUGACCAACUACUGCGAUUAUAAAGACUACAGGGAAACUAUAUUGAGCAAACCGAUGCUGUUCUUUGUCAAUGUACUGACCAGAAAGGAUACAUCAGAAGAAAGAACAUACGCAUUUCUCGUGAACACAAGGCACCCCAAGAUAAGAAGGCAAAUAGAACAAGGCAUGGACACGGUCAUUUCCUCAGUGAUUGGAGAAAGCUACCGGCUUCAGUUUGAUUUUCAAGAGGCAGUAAAGAAUUUUUUCCCUCCAGGAAAUGAGGUGCUUAAUGGAGAAAAUCUGAGCUUUGCCUAUGAAUUCAAAGCCGACGCAUUAUUUGAUUUCUUCUAUUGGUUUGGGCUCAGCAAUUCCAGUGUAAAGGUGAAUGGAAAGGUUCUGAAUUUGUCAAGUACAAGUCCAGAAAAGAAGGAGACCAUUAAAUUAUUUCUGGAAAAGAUGAGUGAACCUUUAAUCCGAAGGAGCAGUUUCUCUGACCGAAAAUUCAGUGUAACUUCCAGAGGUUCAAUAGAUGAAGUUUUUAACUGCUAUCUGUCAUCUAGAUCAUCUUUGACGGAGCCUCUUUUGGCAGAAUUACCGUUUCCAAGUGUUCUGGAAUCUGAAGAGACACCCAGCCAAUCUCUCUGAUUGGACCGAACAUUUUGCGGUUCCUCCUACAUGCCAGGCCUGAGCCAGAACUGAAGGCUGAGGGGACGUGGAGGAGGUGGGGGCAGGCCCUUCCACCCACGUGUCCCCCUCUGCCCCUCGGAGCCUCCGGUCUCCCCUUUCCGUGGGCGUUGCCCUGGCAGGCCAGACGCGGCUGACUUCAGGGUGGGAGGUCUCUGGCCCCGUGGCUGGGCGCACCCUCUCCUUUGAACACUUCUCCAAAGAGGCAGAGGGAGCAGUGGGGUCCUGCUACCCUGAGUGCUUUGCUUGGGACCCGGCACCCUGGGAAUUCCCUUGGCAGCCAGAGCAGUCUAGCUGGGGCAUCGACCCGUGAUGCUUUAUAACUCAGGGUUUAGCCCUCUGCUCGGGACACCCUCGUCUGAACCCAGACCCAGCCAGCAUGGGGUUAGCUCUGCUGUCCUCUUGCAAACCUGGCUGGGCAAAAAGCCUACAACUCCUUUGGCUGGAAGGCAAGUAUGUUUCUCAUCUUGCCUGUAGGAUACCUUAUGAGAACCAUGGCAGGUAAGGUAUGCUGGCGACUGGCCAGGUGGAUAGCAUAGUAACCCCACCACCCGCUGCCUAAAAUUUGGACUCCCUUGGCCUCCCUCUUAACAAAGUGGCCUGUGUAGAAAAGGCCAGGUACCAAACAGUGACAGGGGAAGGAUAAUGCAUACAGCAGUGUCCUCUUUACUGAACGCACAUUAUGUCAGUUGGGUAUUUUAAAUAAGCUUUUAGCAAUCCUAACAGUAAAAGAAAGCUAUAACAUUACCAUAAUACAUUGUUACAUCAAUGCAUUUCUCAUCUCGUAGCUACAAUGAAAUUCUUCAAAAAGAAAAAAAAAAUCAUCCUAUCUACAUCUAAAAACCUACAUGAAUGAAUCACUACAUAUGCUUAUAAUGAGGAAUAAUUAAGGGUCCUGAGUAUAAUUUUUCUAUCCUUUUUUUAAAAAGUCCCUGUAUUUUGAUAGCACUACUAAUUGUCCUUUCUUUCAUAUUUGAAAUGUUAUAUACUAUCUUUGUGCAAUUAAAACUUUUAUCAUUCAACAUA